AUGUUCUAUUAUUUAAAAAAAAUAUCAUUUCCCCUUGCAUUGAGUAUGCUUGUUUUAACUCAAUAUAGUAACCAUGAAAAACCAAAUACUAAAAUAUGCAACCAACUUAAUAAUAUGAGUCUUAGAAAUUUUAGAACCUUAGUAGAACUUCAAAGUGACAUUUUAUCAAUAUACGUUGAAUUAGAAGAUGAAAAUGAUGCACAAGAUGAUUUAUAUGAUAAAAUAAAAAAUAUAUAUAAUAAUGACGAUGAAGAAAUAAAUAGGGAAUUUCGUAGUUGGUUACAAAAAUAUAUGGAAGUUACAAGAGAAUUAAAAGAAAAGUUCAGUCAAAAUGUUGAAUAA